GGUUUCAUGUCCAUGAUAAACUCUCUCACUGUAUCACACAAAAUGGCGUGGAAUUGCUGCUGCAGCUCUUCCUUCGUCGCCACCACCGCCAUUUACGCCGCCGCCAGAACUCCCAACACCUUCACAAUUACUCUUCGGAGGCGGAAUGCCUUCACGCAAUCGAUUAGGAACCCUAUCAAUCAAAUCUCAGCGAAGAGCAAGGCUACAGAAUCGGAGUUCAAAACCGAGUCCAACGAGAUCGACUGCAUAGGCACUGGGCUGGAUGUGGAAUGUGUGAUCAGUGAAGAAUCCGAGCAGGUGAGAGAUACAGCGUCGGCGUUGGUUGAAUUGGCGUUGGAAUGGGGGCUUCUGAUAUCGCCCUUCUUCUUCUGGGGAACGGCCAUGGUGGCAAUGAAGGAAGUUCUCCCUAAAACGGGGCCCUUCGUUGUGGCGGCGUUUAGGCUAAUUCCGUCGGGGCUCUUGUUGGUCGCCUUCGCCGCUUCCAGGGGAAGAGCUUUGCCUUCCGGAUUCAAUGCUUGGUUCUCCAUCUCAGCUUUUGCUGCCAUUGAUGCUUCCUGCUUCCAGGGUUUUCUCGCUCAAGGAUUGGAGAGGACGACUGCUGGUUUGGGCAGUGUAAUAAUUGAUUCUCAACCUCUAACCGUGGCUAUUCUUGCAUCCUUAUUAUUUGGAGAAUCAAUAGGAUACAUUGGAGCAGCUGGACUAAUCCUUGGUGUUAUAGGACUUUUACUUCUUGAGGUACCUGCGCUUGCUUUUGAUGCUAAUAACUUUUCCCUGUGGGGAAGUGGGGAAUGGUGGAUGUUUCUUGCUGCACAAAGUAUGGCCAUUGGUACCGUGAUGGUCCGUUGGGUCUCCAAAUACUCAGAUCCUGUAAUGGCUACUGGAUGGCACAUGGUUAUCGGUGGCCUCCCUCUUAUGGCAAUCGCCAUCCUUAAACAUGAUCCUGCUCUCUCAAGUUUUCAUGAGCUUACGACAGGUGUUGUUUUGGCCCUUCUUUACACUUCCAUUUUCGGUAGUGCAAUCAGCUACGGUGUCUACUUCUACAAUGCUACAAGAGGUAGCUUGACAAAGCUCAGCUCCCUAACCUUUUUGACUCCAAUGUUUGCAUCGCUUUUCGGUUUCAUAUAUCUCGAUGAAACUUUCUCACCAUUGCAACUGGCUGGAGCAGUGGUAACUAUUGCAGCAAUAUAUAUGGUUAACUACAAAAGUGAAGCCGAGUGAAAAGUGGUGUUUAUGCAUGCUUAUAGUAUGUCGAGAAACGUACUCGUGAUUGGAUAGGCGUUGGUCGUAGCCAAGAUAUGUUGAUCCCAAAAGGAGUACAUGAUGGAGAAAGGAGGUUCAAAAACAAUGGAUGCAUUUGCAUGUGUGUAUUCAGAUGGCUUAUUAUUAGAAACCAGAAUACAAUUUGAAAUCUGUAAUUAGGCUGAUGGUGUCACACCAUAAAUCAGAUCGAUGCUGUCACCAACAUUGAGGUUUGCAUAACUAGAUUCUCAGGUUUGUACAUAAAACGUUAUCAGCAGAUUAAUGUUGAAAAUUGUUCAUCAAUUGUUUGAACAUAGAAUGUGAUAAUAAUUAUUGCCAACUCUAAA